AUUAAAAAAAGUUAUCGGCUUUAUUCAUUUAAAUCAUAUAAUACAUUAAUCGACAUGUGAAACAACGUAGCAAGAUUUCAUCUUUUUUGACACAGCCAACAAUACUCGAGAAAUUUCUAAUUAUUGAAAAAAAACAAAUCAUAUAAUAAAAUAUUAUUAUCGAAAUUUUCGAUGAUAAAUAUGAAUAUUAAUAAUUAGUGUUAAAGUCGUUAUAAUCACGUUCAACAAAAAUUACCCCCCACUCAUAGAAUUAACUAUAUAUUGGGUUGGAGGGCUGAAAUUCAUUCAGUGGGUGUUCUGACACCAAAGUCACAAGUGGUUCCUAGUCCAAUCCAAGUCGUUCUUUUGAUGUGCGCUUUCGUUGAACCGAUUCGUAUCAAAGUGCCACCCGAAAAAAUUACUUGAUACCAGUGAAGAGUGAUAAGUGAAAAAGUGAAAAAAAAAUAAAUAUGUACAACAGAUAUAAUCAAGUUCAAAGUUUGAGUAAAAUUUGGGAAGCAGAAAUACAAUUAGUUAAUAAGGAAUUAUGGGAAAGAUUCCACAGAAAUGAUACCGAAAUGAUAAUAACGAAAACUGGAAGACGAAUAUUUCCCAUAUUCAAAAUCAAUGUAAAAAAUCUGGACCCUCACAAAAACUACUGCUUCAUGUUGGAAAUGCAAGCGACAACCAAUCAAAGACUGAGAUUCACAAAUGACGGAGGUUGGACCUCUUGCGGAGUUGAGGAUACCCCCCCUUCGGGUAUUUAUGUCCAUCCAGAAUCUCCGAGCUUGGGGAAACACUGGAUGGCACAAGCAGUGUCAUUCGACAAAUGUAAACUAACAAACAACACCAUCAAAGCCGCUGGAAGUCUAACACUGACAUCAAUGCAUAGAUACAGACCAAAAGUCAUACUGGUAGAGGCCGACAGUUUGAAGGAUCUCCAUUGGAGCCCCUCGAUUACUUUCAACUUUCCAGAAACGGAGUUUAUUGCUGUAACUGCCUAUCAGAAUACCACGAUAACCUCGUUGAAAAUCGACCAUAACCCUUUCGCCAAAGGCUUCAGAGAAAACGGAAAGUCCAGAAAGAACAAGAGGAAAUUCGAAGAAGCACUGAGAGAAAGAAGACAAAAUAGCGUAUCGCCAGACAGCUCAGACUCAGAAAACUGUUCUUCUAGUUCAUCAUCUAGUAACAGUUCUGGAACUUUCGAUUCUCCAAGUAAGAAAACCUGCUCUAUGGUCAAGGACUCUAUGGUUAUCCUGGAUGAAAACCGUAACGUCAAUGUUCCCCAAUCAUUUCCAGGAUGUGAGAAUACCCAGCCCUUAUUCAGACCUUACAAUAACCAGUGCAUGCCAAUGGUUCCUCAAGAAAGUUUACAAUUUGGGCCGUGGAGUUUGCCGUAUCCUAGGCUCUAUCAACCUAAGGUUAUAAUGCAUAAAGAACCAACAAGGUCUUUCACCGAUUUCAGUAUAAACCGCAUCAUGGGUUCAUAAUUUUUAGGACUAAACUUCUCCGAAUUGUUUAGUUUCCAGUGAGAAUAUGCCUUCACAGCAUAGAUAGUACAAAAUUGGUAAGACUUACUCCAAUUGACUCUGGGUCUGCCAAGUUGAGAUCUGGAUAUUUCGUUAUUAUCAUUUCAUUUCUCAACUCGAAUAAUUCCUGAAUUCAUUCAAAAUCAAUGUUAUCGUUUUUUUAUUUCUAUUUGAAUUUUUUUUUUUUUUCGGUAAUACUCAGAUUAUUCUCGCUGAUGUAUAUAUUUAUAAAUUGCAUCAAACCGCAUAAGCAAAAUUUAUAAUCGUUACAUCCAAUGACUGUGAUAUUAUUUGUUAGGUAAAGAUAAACUGGCAAAAUAGGGAAAGGAAUAAAAUCUGAACGAAGUUUGUAAGAAUUUUUUUUCAAGCCACAAUGAAAAAAAUUAUUGCUGAAUGAAAUUGGAAAGAUUCAAGAAAAAAUGAACUACAAACUUCGUUGAGAGUUUGUCCAUUCCCUUAGUUAAGACUAAUUUAGACUAAUUUAUGUACAUACUUUUAAACCAGUAGUAUAAUAUUAAGUGAACAAAUCAUUUGACAAUGAGGAUAUAUUCUUCAUCGAAGACUUUGUUAAAUGUGAAAAAACUAGGAGAGAAUUAUAUUAACAUAACAGGGGGGCCAGGGACCGCCAAAUAUUCUGCUGACCCCCCCCCCCCGUUGAAUCUGAUAUACUAAGCCUAAAAUAUUGGAACAACUAUUAUUUCGCUUUACUCUGCCCCCACCCAUGAAAAAUCUUGCCCCCUCUAUUAUAAGACUGAUAUUAUUGAAUAUUUUUCAUCUUUAGUUACCUACGUAUAGGAAAUACCUCUGCAACUAGAUUUAUUUAGGUUGAAAAACAUUAUUUAUUCAUUCAUUCAUUAUAAUUUCUGAUGAAAAUUAUAACAUUGUUUCCGGAAGAAUAUUUUAUUCUUCAUAAAGUUCAAAGCCAAAAGUGGAAUUUGUGCAAUUUUUUGUUGAUAUUUAAAAUAUAUAUUUAUUAUCUAAUUUUAUGAAUUUAGUGAAAAAUUUGUACAUGAAUAUAUGGAAUUGGACCACAAUAAUAAUAAUGCAUUUGAUAGUAAUAUGACAAUUGUAAAUAUGUACAUGUAUAUGUGUAAAUUAAAUCUUAUAUUUUAU